AUGCCACCUCCCGUUGGCAGAUAUGGGCCUUCUGGCCUAAGCGCUCCAUACAACAUACAGCAAGCUCACCUCCAAUCUCAACACCCACAUACGCAGUCUGCGAACACGCUACCGCCCCCUUCGCUUGGUCAUCCUGGCUUUGCGGGCAACCCCAAUACCAACAUCAACCCCUUCACACUGUCCGGCGGAAUUGUGAACGGUAUGGCGGUCGCUGGUUUCCCGGGAGCCGGUGCAGGAGAUGGUGGUGGUACCGGCCUGGCUAGCCAUGCGGCACAGAUGGGAUUCGCGCGCGGUGCGCAAAUGCAACAACAGCAGCUACACCAGGGCCAUGAUGGUCGGUUAGCACUCGAAGGAAAGGGUGGUGCCGUGAAGUCGAGGAUCCGUGAUGUUUGGAAGCACAACCUGGCCCAUGAGAUGGCGGUGUUGAGACAGCUGGUUGACAAGUACCCGUACAUCAGCAUGGAUACCGAGUUUCCUGGUAUCGUUGCACGGCCGAUCGGAUCGUUCUCGAACAAAGCGGAUUACCAUUAUCAAACCCUCCGAUGCAAUGUCGAUCUUCUGAAGAUGAUUCAAUUGGGUAUCACUCUAUUCAAUGACGAGGGUGAAGUUCCCCCUGCUUCAGGCACCGAUGCCAAUGGGCAAGCAUACGGCGUCCCCGCUCCCUGCACAUGGCAGUUCAACUUCCGAUUUUCACUCGAAGGAGACAUGUACGCCCAGGAGUCAACAGCCAUGCUCGCCAAGUCCGGUAUCGAUUUUGCCAUGCACGAGAAGAACGGCAUUGAUCCCUUCGAAUUCGGGGCUUUGCUGAUCAGCUCUGGCCUGGUUCUGCUCGAAGACGUUCACUGGGUCUCUUUCCACUCCGGUUACGACUUCGGCUACUUGAUGAAGAUCAUGCUUUGCUCCCAGCUUCCAGAGAACGAAGAGGAGUUCCACAAACUUCUUACAAUAUUCUUCCCGUCACUGUACGACAUUAAGUACCUUAUGAAGCAUGCGGGGCGCAACCAAGCUGUCAACGGCUCGCCUCUCACACAGGCCGCAUCACAGAUCUUGGCCAGCUUAGGCCAGAAGUCUGGUCUGCAGGACAUUGCCGAUGAGCUCGGUGUCAAGCGCGUUGGAAUCGCCCAUCAGGCCGGCUCGGACUCUCUAGUAACAGGCGAGAUCUACUGGAAGACCCGCCAGCUUAUCUUCGGAGGGGUUAUCGACGAAAGCAAGUACUCCGGUCAGAUCUGGGGCCUCAACGGCCAAAUGCCCGCAAUGUCCUACAACAUGGCUCAACAGACGCCGAAUCUCAACGGAGUUAGUAUCUACCCUAGCGGCACCCCCAGCACUCCCAAUACGGGGAGUCAUGGGGCCGGCGCGCAGACCCCUCAGCACCACGGAGGUGGCUACAAUGCGCCGACUCCCGCCUACCAAAUGGGCCGAGCAUGA